UUCGUCAAUCAGAUCGCUAUCGCCUGCGGAUACGGACGCACAACUAAAAGUGCUGCUAACGCAAAAUCAAAAGAAAAUUUUAGCUUUAAAACUAAAUUUCCGAAUAAGUGAUAUAAGAAUACAGAGAACGAUGCAUAAUCCCGACUAUGUGCCGGCGACGAAUAGUUGCAAUGCGACUACGAACAUUUGCGGUGGACACGUGCCGCUUCCAACAGCGCCGCGACCGGAAUUUCACCCGGUUUAUGUGCGCUUCUCCAGCAAACAACAGGCGCCCGAACAGCGUACGUUGGCGGAGCUUUUUAAGGAAAAAAUCGCCGCCAAAGAGUUCUUCUACGGUAUCGAGCUGACGGCGCGUUCUUAUGGCAAGCAACCAUCACUGCUGGACUACAAUAGUUUUGACGUGCUGCUGCCGCUUUUCACAUCGCUUGUGUGGUUGGGUCGGGACUAUGCGAACGUUGAGGAUGUCAACGCGAUCGAAGCAAUCAGCUUGGGCCGCCAGCUACAACAACAUGUGGUGGUGAUGCCGCAUUUCACUUGCUAUCGCGCCGACUCCCGGCGCCUCGACGACUUUUUAACACUGAACUUCACGAACGUUUUGGCGCUGCGCGGCGAUGAUGUGGUGCCGCAACAACAAUUUCAGCACGCAAAAGACAUGGUCGAGUAUAUACGCAGUAAACGCGGCGACACAAUAUCCAUAGGUGUUGGCGGAUAUCCUGAAGGACAUCCGGAAUCUAAGUCAAUGGAGGAAGAUAUGCAGUACCUCAAAGAGAAGGUGGAUGCCGGCGCCGACUUCAUAGUCACACAAAUUUGCUUCACGCCCGAGUCCAUUAUACGUUUUGUGCAGAAAUGCCGCGAUAUCGGCAUCACGGUGCCGAUCAUUGUCGGCGUUAUUGUGCCGGAUAACAUGCGAAUCUUGCACUUCAUAAUGAACAUCGUGAAGGCGGUGAUUCCCGAAGAGCAGUUGAGUAAAUAUAAGGAACUAGAAGAAGAUCGCAAGGCAUUUAAGGCGUUUGCGGUGGAGAAUGCGGUGCGCACGGUGCAAAUGUUGUUGGAUAGUAAUUUGGAUGUUUAUGGAUUUCAUUUUUUCACCAUGAAUCGCUUGAAGAGUGUGCAGCAAGCGAUACAACAAGUUCUUAAUAUGAAUCAGACAGAAAGUACAUAACUAAUUUAAGUUAUUUGUAUUAGCACAAUUCAAACAAUUUCAAAUAAGACUGUAAAUAGUAAAUUAUAGUGAAUAUAGAAAUUUGUAUAUAAA